ACAUGUUACACAAUUCUAUUUGGAGUAGUUGCAAGCGCGAGUGCGUUGUCGUGUGUCGUUUGUCUGAAAUGGGGAAAUAUAUCGCCGCAGCGUUGGUCCUUUUGGCGCAGAUGCUCUCUGUUAGAGGUGUAGAGUUUGUGCCCAAUUUAAACCUACAUGGAACCACACAAGACGCUUGGGUAGACACGCUACUACUGAGUGACUACCGCGGAAAGCCUGUCUACCGUGUGGUAUUCGACCUCACCACGCCAGAAGGAACGACAAUUCAGAGUGAAGCCCAUCGUCAGUACGAUGAGUUCAAGACCCUGCACAAGAAGCUACCAUGGCUGGCGACGUUUGCGGGGGUGAAGCCGCUUCCCGCCGGGGACGGAGCAACGGUGGCCGGGAUGACCGAGUACCUCCAGUCCAUCGUCAAGAACAAGGACCUCCGCACGUCUCGCCUCAUGGACGACUUCCUCGGUAUCAACUGGAACUGUUCCGGCGUCGGCUGGUUUAAGGAUACGACGUCCUUCAUGACUCUUCUGACGAUAACAAGGUUGCCUGACUUCAUCCCUGAGCGUCCCAACAUCACCCUGGAUAACGUCCUCACGGACGAGUACCCCAUGGAGUGUUACCUGUACAUGUCAGCCUUCAAGCACAACUACCUGGAUAAACAGUCCAUCCCCACUUUCGAGCACCUCUUCGAGAGUUACACCAAGCAGAUGCCGAAAUUCGAAGCCCUGCCCACGGCGAGAGUACCACACAACCAGCCGGACCAGGAUGUGUGGCCACCUGGCGUGACGUCACCGAUUGAGAUUCCCUACCAUUUCGUCACGGUUCCUGUUCAUUUCCUUCCUGGAGGAUACACCAAUGGUGGCAAUGUGCGUAUCUCGUUCAACGGAAGAACGAAGUUUAACUUCUUGAAAGAGGACCUCUUGAGAAGUUGGUUUGACAAACUGGUCGGAUAUCUCAAACCCAAGACUAUCCUCGAUGUCGGCACCGGCAACUGUUUCUCUGCCUUCGUUUUCGGGGAGAUGUUCCCGCAGAGCGAUGUGAUCGGGGUGGACCUUGCGGCGCCCUUCGUCCGCUUCUGCCGCCUGUGGAAGAGUCACCGACCCGGCGGCGCGCCUAAUGUCAAGUUCUACCAGGAUAACGGAGAAAAACUCCACUUCCCUGACUCAACGUUUGACGUUGUAAACUUCGCCUACGUCCUGCACGAGAUGCCGUCCGAUAACGCCCAGCGCGCCCUGGCCGAGGCGUGGCGCGUGCUCAAGCCGGGCGGCACCCUCAACAUCAUCGAGCCGCCGUACUUCGACAACCCCGCGGAGCGCCUUCCGUACGUUGAGUUCAACACGUGGGGCCAUCACUGGAACACGACGGGUGACCACGGCCCUGAACCGUACAUAGAGGAAUACGAGAACACUUUCCAGUUGCCACACCACAUGGCUAACAUGGGCCUGAAGAACAUCACGCAUAUCCCUAUCUCUAUUUUUGAUGCUAUAUACAUCGCGCAGAAGCCUUAGUGUUACUUUAAACUAUUGGAUGUAGAUAUACAGUUUUAACUUGUCUUACAUUGUAGGUGAAGACUAGGUAACUUUAUUAUCCAUUACUGUUUUAAGGUCGAAAUGCUGCUAGUGUGUUGUUACAUGAACAAGUUUGUGUUGUUAAUAUGUACGUUUUUUCACACAAGUGUUUUUGAAUUUCACAACACUCAGGAAUUUAUGACAGGCUCCGCCAAAAUGACGAAUUUAGAGCAAUUGAUACCUGAAUGUUUGUAAACGGUUGCUGCAAUAUGAUAUAUGUUGUACAUUGUUUGGUAAGUACAUAAGGAAAGUCAUAUGUAAAUUUAUAUGAGCGGAGUUGUCUGGAAUCUAGGCGCCCACACACUAGGCACACAGGUCGGCUCUUCGGCACUAGGUCUGACAUGCUCCCGCAGAAACUUUACCUCAGUCCCGCUAGGAGCCUCACCUCUAUCUAGGCAAAGCACCGGGGAGAGCUAAGUUGACCAAGCGGGAACAAAAGCUUACAGUGCCGAGUAGAUCCAGUCUGAAGCCCUGGGAGAGACUGGUGACCAGGUUAUGAGACCGACACUUCUGGAGGCAUACAUAGGAUUUUGUGCAAUGUUCCUAUUUUUUAGUAAGACUUUAAAAAAAAUCAAAGUACGGAUCCACAAUUUCAUUACAUUGCAAUUUGUCAUUGUAAAUGGUCGAACAGUGAAGAUACAAAUUCCAGGACUGAAGUUCUCCAUUUGAAACAAUGUUGUGUGUUAACGACAGUGAUAUUUGAUAUGAAAGAUACGUUUUGUAUGCAAUUAAAGAGAUCAUGACUUGAGGAAAUCUAAAA